CCACUCCCUCCGCCCAUUGCCCUGACGUCAUGAGAGUGCUGUUGGAGGUGUCGAAUCCAGUUUUUCCGCGAGCGACGCGAGUCCAACAUUGGUGAAACAGUAAGAAAGGAACAACCUUUGAAAUCGUACAAAUCACAGUAUUGUGUCCAACCACCAGAAAAGAAAGAUGCCUUUGGGUGACGAUGGACAUUCUUGGAAGAAGAAAACCUCAGAUGUUAAGGAGAAUUUCGACUUCAAGGAGAUCCUGGGGACGGGGGCUUUCUCUGAGGUGGUCCUAGCGGAAGAGAAGAGGACACAGAAACUGGUGGCCAUCAAAUGCAUCCCUAAGAAAGCCCUGGAAGGCAAAGAGAACAGCAUAGAAAAUGAGAUCGCUGUCCUCCACAAGUUAAAACAUGCCAACAUUGUCUCCCUGGAGGACAUCUUUGAGAGUAAAUCUCACCUCUACCUGGUUAUGCAGCUGGUGUCUGGUGGGGAGCUGUUUGACAGGAUAGUGGAGAAGGGCUUUUACACAGAAAAAGAUGCCAGCAAGCUCAUCCAGCAGAUCCUGGACGCUGUCAAAUACCUCCAUGACAUGGGCAUCGUACACCGCGACCUGAAGCCGGAGAACCUUCUGUACUACAGUAUGGAAGAGGACUCUAAGAUCAUGAUCAGUGACUUUGGCCUGUCGAAGAUCGAGGGAUCUGGAAGUGUCAUGUCCACAGCCUGCGGAACACCAGGAUACGUGGCCCCUGAAGUAUUGGCCCAGAAACCCUACAGCAAGGCGGUGGACUGUUGGUCAAUCGGUGUCAUCGCCUACAUCCUUUUGUGUGGAUACCCUCCGUUCUAUGACGAGAACGACGCCAAGCUUUUUGAGCAGAUUCUGAAGGCUGAAUAUGAGUUUGACUCUCCUUACUGGGAUGAUAUCUCUGACUCAGCCAAAGACUUCAUAGUCCACUUGAUGGAGAAGGACCCCAGGAUACGCUACACAUGUGACCAGGCUCUGCAGCACCCCUGGAUCGCUGGUGACACCGCUCUAGAUAAGAACAUCCAUGAGUCUGUCAGUGCUCAGAUCAGGAAGAACUUUGCCAAGAGCAAGUGGAGGCAAGCGUUUAAUGCCACGGCGGUGGUGCGUCAUAUGAGGCGUCUGCAGCUGGGCACCAGUCAGGAGGCCGCCAGUCAGACCACCCUGCCCAGCCCUCUCAGAGCCCACCUGCUGCUGUCUGAGGCCACAGAAACAGAGGACACCACUGAGUCUCCGUGUGAGGGGGGCUGCUCCCAGAGUGCUGAUGGGGGGGCGGAGCGCGACCACCUCUCCAACUGCACCUACCGCUGCCAUCCAACCAGCAGGGUCUGAUCCCUGCACACCCAAGCCACGCGAGGCCAACCAAUGACUUUCCCAUUUACCUCUGGAGACCAGAGAACUCCCUUGUCUGGCCAGAAAUACAGAGUUGUUCCAGCAACCCGCCACCAGGAGGGGCAGGCAGGUUAUGAAUCCAGGGUGGGGAGGAGGGACUCGAUGUCAACAGAGGAGGUCAUUUGAACGGAUUGGGUGAGAGCGGGGGAUGAGAUGAGAGGGUAGAGGAAAGGAAAGGAAGAGAACAUUGAGAAAGAGGUAUGGUGCCCAGAAUAAUCCUGGCUCAUAUAUUUUGGAAGCGGGACAGAGCUUGGACAGGGUUUUACUCAUCCUUUUAAAAUGUGCGUCUGCUUUUUAUAUCUCUGCAUUUAUGUGCAUGGUGUUUUCUAUCUUCAUUGUCUUUCCACUUUGACAGAAUCCAUGGAUGAUUUCUGCAUGAUGAGGUGACAGGUCCCCUUGCAUGUUGGCGGCAGGUGUUUUAUAGCGUGACGAGUCUAUUGCAAAAUCGUGUAUGGUGGUAAUCAUUAUGUUAUAGUUCCUGUACUGCAGAUACACAUCUUUAUGACCUUAAUGAAUUUAGUCCUUCAGCAUUACAUUUGUAUGGCUUUGUUGUAUCUUAAUAUUAUUUUUAUAUAUAAAUGUAGCCCUAGAAGCAUUCACCUAAUACCACAUCUGGAUAAUCAAUGUGAGAAUACUCCAUCCAUUGGGCUAGUAUACAGUAGACCCAGCAUUUAGCUAGAUCUGUUCUUUCUUCUAUUUUUUCUCAGCAUGGUUGUGUUUCACAACUGUAAGUUUGUGGUUGUGCUCCCACCACAGGCUUGUAACAGAAUGCUGCCUUUAGAACAGUAUCAAAUGUUUAUUUUCUGGUGGCUUUUAGAAAUCUGAAGAUACAUCUCUAUAUCUCUGCACAGUUGAAGGAGCAUUAGCGGCUAUUUCAUUUCUAUCGUUGUAUGUUUGUAUAUAUUUCAAUGUGGCAAUUCUAUCGUUAAAUACAGACUUUCACCUCGGUCCAGAUCUGUCCAGAUCGCUUUUCCAGUUGAGAAGUGUAAUACCCUGGAGAUAGACUUACAUACACAGCCAUUCCUCUUAGUACUAGUUAAUACUUCAUUUUUUCAAGCCUUUGUAUCUGUACAGAGAGAACUUGAAUUAAAGAAUGUAAAUAUACA